AUGAGUCACGAGAUCCGCACCCCCCUGAACGGCAUGAUCGCGGUGGGGCAGCUGCUGGCGGAGACCUCCCUCACCCCCGCGCAGUGGGACCUGGUCAACACCAUUCGCUGCUCGGGGGAGACACUGCUGACGCUCAUUACGGACAUUCUCGAUUUCUCCCGUAUCGAGGCCAACAAGAUGGUGCUCCACAAUGCGGUGUUCAAGCUGGAUACCGUCAUAGAGGCGGCCAUGGAGAUUGCGGGGCUGAAGGCGGCGCAGCGGAGGCUGCAGGUGGCGUACCAUGUGGCAGAGCACAUGCCACGUAUGCUGUAUGGCGAUGCCCAGAGGCUGCAGCAGAUCUUACUCAACGUCCUCAACAACGGUAUCAAGUUCACAGAGGAGGCGGGGCCGUCAGCGACGUCGCUGCUGCCAUCCACUGCGCAUCCGCCUGCGGCAACGGCGGCGACAACGACCGCGACGGCGACGGGGCCGGAGGCGGAAUGGCCAUUGCUUGUCGUACGGUUCUCCGUGCGCGAUACGGGAAUUGGCAUUGCUCCAGCCGACUUGGGCCGCCUCUUCAAUUCCUUUACGCAGGUGGACGCUUCGCCGACACGGCGGUACGGCGGCAGCGGCCUGGGCUUGGCCAUCAGCCGCAAGCUGUGCGAGGCGAUGGGUGGUCAGAUGUGGGCCGAGUCCGAGGGCCUUACGCAGGGGAGUACCUUCAGUUGGACCAUACUGUGCCGCCUG